CCGGCUAAAAAGCUGCCAUAGCACAAGAGCUGUGUCUGCUUCAACUCGAACCAACCAACCAUCCAGCAUCAGCCCAACAACCUCUACUUACUUUUACAUAUCAUCCCCGUUCUCAAACCAACUCUGUUCUCAGUCUGUCCAGCAAUUCCCAAGGAAAAAGAUCGCACACACGUAUUUCUCAACUCGCCCGAGUGACUCAAGUUGCCCCAUUUACACCACUUCCCCCCCGACUCGCAGCUCACCAACUCCACCUGCCAACUCUCCCCGCAACUCACAUCCGCCAUGCGUUUCUCUUCAAUUUGAUGAAGAAGCCUCGAGCAUCUGCUCUACUGCCUCAACCUCGCCCCUCAAAAAAGGAGCCUAGAGAGGUGGAAAGUUUUCGAAAAAAUCGAAAAAUAUUUUUCCCUUGGUGCACAACCCUUGCGGAAGGGCUGGGAAGUCGGACCACCCCCUUUGGAUGGGUGUGGUUGUCAGCAGCGUAAUUUAGGCAGACUCGUCCCAUCCGCCAUGUUGGAUGACCGAGUUCGUGGUGAUGAGAGAGCCAGCCAUUGCCACUCAAUAUAGCAAAGUUAUGUGUGGAAAUGUGGGGAUUUAUUUGAAACGGUGUGCCCCCCAUGCAAUCGCCAUGGGCGGAGAGUGAGUAAAGUGAACGUCCGGGUCGCGGCCGUGUGCCGCUGCAAACAAUAAAAGUGGUGGUCGUCGUCCUGGUGUGGUCAGUGGCCGUUGGUGGUGGGUGGUGGUGGUGAUAGUGAAAGCAAAAUGAGCAAGCUGUCGUUCAGGGCGAGAGCCCUGGACGCGUCGAAAGCGCUGCCAAUCUAUCACUCCACCGAAAUUCCGGAUAGUGCGGAUUGUUCCCUCAUUAACAGGGCUGUUCCUCAAAUGCCCACUGGGAUGGAGAAGGAGGAGGAGGCUGAACACCAUCUCCAACAAGCCAUCGUUUCCGGGACGGUGAUUCCGACCCCAGAGGUGUUUCUGAUCGACAACACGGGGUACUACAACAAGUUCUAUCCAGAAAGCUACAAACUUCCCAGACAACUCAUCUACAUGCAACCCUUCUCGAUGGAGACGGAUAUUCCCGACUAUGACAUGGACUCUGAAGAUGAAAACUGGGUCACGUCACAAUCGGGAAAGCUAGAGUUGAAUCCGGAAAAGUUUGAGGAAAUGAUGGAUCGGCUUGAAAAAGGCAGUGGUCAAACUGUAGUCACCCUUCAGGAGGCCAAAGCUCUUAUUAAAGAAGAUGAUGAUCUCAUAAUUGCCGUUUAUGAUUAUUGGCUCAAUAAACGACUGAAAAUACAACAGCCCCUAAUCCCCCACGUCCGAACAGAGGCAAGGCAUGGCAUUGCGAAUCACAAUCCGUACAUUGCAUUUAGACGACGAACAGAAAAAAUGCAGACGAGAAAGAAUCGCAAAAAUGAUGAGAGUUCUUACGAGAAGAUGCUCAAACUCAGGAGGGAUUUGACAAGAGCUGUUAAUCUACUUGAGAUGGUUAAGAAGAGGGAGAAAUCUAAACGUGAACUCCUUCACUUAACAAUUGAGGUUUUCGAAAAACGAACACAAGCUGGAGAUUAUUCUGGCCAGAUAGUUUCCGAAGCUUUGCAACAACGCCCAGCCCGCCCUGCAUUCACCCCCUUAUUUCAAGCUAAUUCUUUAAACGAUUAUCCCCUCUUAGCAUCCUUAAGUCGAAAAGAAAGACGUCAAUAUAAAAAGAGAAGACAUAAAAGUUCUUCCAAAUCUCAUGCCGCAGCAUCGAGUUCUGCUGCUAUGAACUAUGCGAAUGCUCAGGGGUUAACAUUGGAUGAGGGUGCAAGUUCUGAUGACGAUUUAUUACCUUGCUCACCCUCUGACGGGGAGGAAGAUGAGGGUGUUUACGCCUUUAGGCGGAAGAAAGACUGCGAAUACCUAGCACCUUUGGACUCCAGCGAUAAGCCGUGGUAUCCGCCAGAAGAUAUUAAUCGUUUAAGAUUUUAUCCUACAUCUAUAUCUGAUGUUAAAAAUGGUGGUUAUCGAAUGGUGGGCCCCUGCCGACGGCGGGUGGGCCGUGGUGGCAGGAUUAUUCUUGAUCGAAUGACAAUGCAAGACCUUAGUGAAUUCGUCCAAGUAAUGGGAUUAAAGUCAAGCGCAAGUCCACCCCACAGCGGUAGUAGGAGUCCUUCGUCAUCAUCGCAACCCGAACCCUUAGUAAUUACGCAUCCCCCGGUCGAAGUUAAGCAAGAGCCCAUAGAUAGUAGUUAUAGUAGUAGUAAUAUCGUCCAACCCAACGAUACUAUGGAAGAUUUCACAUCAUCCGACCUGGGCUGUUGGCACCACUUUAGACCCAGAACUCCCGACCCACUUGAGACCGGUGAGUGGUUAAUGAUCUCUGAAUCAGACCCCUCGGCUGAAGACGAAUCCGUCAAAGCAGAACAAUCUGAAGAAUCAAUAUUACUACCACCACCGCUGUCGUCUUCGUCAUCAUCGUUAAUGCCUCUCACCACAACACCAUCAACCCCCUUUCUACAACCUUCAUAUCAUCUUGGACUGGUUGUUUCGAGCGGUGAUCGUCCCAUCACCUAUCCACUGGAAACGUUAUUAUCCGAUCCAACCCUACCUCAAAAUACCCUACCUUCCCACAUUGGCACACCCGGCUCCCAUGUGGUCCUUGAUGAGCAGUCCUCGGAGUUAGAGAACACGUACUACCUAAUGGAAUUAAACAAUGAAUUUCUAAAUGUUGACGUGGAAGCUGACCAAUGGUAUUCCUCUAUGGAUCUGGAAGCAGGUGUGGACUCUACAUCUAUGGCUAUAGACGGGGAUGAGCCGCCUCCUUCCAUUCCACCCCAAGGACCAGGACCUCCGCCACCUCCUCCUCCUUCAACGACCCCUUCUCAAGGUGGUGGGUCAUCUUCCGGUCCGACGACUCAUCCCCAAAACAGCCACAACAACCCUCCUCCUCCUCCCGACUCUUCGUCACAAGGAGGGUCCUCGAAUAACACUUCCCCACCUCAACUACCACCUUCCUCAACGCAACAGCAGCCAGAUUCGUCUCCAGAGACGACGGUAGUAAAUGUAAAAUCUGGUGAAGACACGGAUGGAGGAAAAAGUGAAACGGAUUCAUCAAAAUCAUCCAGAGAAUUAAAUCGGUUUCCUAUGCUCAUCAGUGUCUGAUUAGUAGCAUUUGAUUGCUUGAAUCCAAAUCUACUCCUGUACUUCACUUUAGUUUCUUUAUCAUAUUUCGCCGUCCGGAUUUAAGCUGGCAGGAAAUAAAAAAAAACUAUUGCGUAAGAACAGGACGACGGUUGACUACACGAUGUGGCAAACAUCCGGUCGCGGUCCUACUCUUCUCCCUCCCCUCCCACUCCCCCCUCGUUUUCUCUAUAUUUAUCUGUUUUCUUCGCUCGACGCAAAUGAUAGGACUACACGAAUGACUACGAAAAUAUUUAUAGUUGUCUCUAAUUUUUAUAUAUUAGUAUAAAUUAAUGAAUUCAGCAUACCGUCAGAUAGACGAUUAAUUGACGUUACUCUUACGUACGACUUCUACUGCUACGACUCCAACUCUCAUCCAGAUUUAUUGAAGAAAAAAAUUAUACCCAGUAAAAAUCAAAAUUGUUACAGCACACCCGCUACUCUAAUAUUUUAACCUCUAAAAAAUCAUGAACACUACACAUUUACUUUAUAAAAGUACAUCUCCUCCACUACCAACUACUACUACUACUCCACAUACAACAAGACAUACAUACAUACAAAUCCGCAGUGUUGUGUGCUUGUUUAUUGAUUGAUUGAUUGAGCGAGCGUCUGCAUUUAUUUAAGAAACCGCAUAGACUGUUUUACAUGUUGAAGUGAAAAUCCCGAAUUGCUUCCUCUGUCGCGUUUUUUAUAUUAUUAUUAUGUCUCUCCUCUGAUGAAAGAAUAUGUGUGUGAUGUGAUGCAUGCUGAAUCAUAUAUACAUACUUCAAGCGAAUGAGAGUGAAUACAAAAAUAUGCAAACGUCAUGAUAGGUCGAGGAUAAUAUGAUGAUUAUGAAUUAUUCUCAUGCAGGAUGAAUGUAGCGAUUGAGAAGCAAUGUAGUAGUAAAAACAAAACGAGAAGAAGAAGAAUCAGUGAGGAUAAGUCUCGAUAGAAGACGACGGCUUAUUUUGUAUAAGCAAGGUCAAGGUGUUCUCUGUCAGAAGUGGCAAAAUACUGUGGUAUAUACAAAGUAGAGGUAACGUAACGAGUCAAACCUUAAUUUUACGCAAGUUUCAAGUACCUUAAUAGUCUUUUUGUAUUAUGAAUUUAAGCAUAUAAGUGAUUAGUUAAGAUUGAUUAUCAUGAUGAAGAUAAGGAAUUGUUUGGAAAAAAUAAAUUUCAAAACUAAAAACAAAAAAACAAACGAUAAUAAAAACAAAACAAAAGAAAACUUACAAAACCA